AUGGACAUGACCGAUUUAGAUUCUUUCACACCCAACCGUGAGUCUUCAAAUGUCAGUGCUGUGGACCUCACCCAGUCCUCACCUCAGCCAGCUUACAUGAGUGCUGUACAAUGUUUGAGGGACUUGGACUACAUUGAUCAGAAACGUGCUCAGAUGUCCCUGGCAGCAUCUCAUUGGAUGGAAAUCUUGUCACUGGAUUGGAAGGCAUCACAGGUUGGGGAGCAAAUUUCAGCAGACCUGCAGGAAGACCCAACUGGAGACCUUGCUGAACAGACGUUUUGCAAGUUUGUGUUGGGACUCUACCGAAGUGAUGACAUUCUUGCAUCAAAGAGACUGAAUGGAUUUGCAGCAGUGGAAAGGAGAGAGAAAGGGCCUUUGAAUCAGGCGCCGCCUUUGGAGGUGGAGCACUUACAACGUUUGCAUGAGAUCUUGGACAAGGGCGCAAAUGACAUAGACCGCAUAGGCAGCGGCAUGGCUCAAGAGACUUUUGGCUGGGUGCAGCGGGGCGAGUGCCAUCAGAGCGCACUCAAUGAAAGUGACGUAGGUCAUGCAGAUGGCCCUAAUGGCGUUCAGUUCGAUUCGGAGCUGGUAGCAGCAGAGCCAGCCAGAAAGAGGCAGGCAUUAGACAUGGCUUUGCAAAAGGGCACAGGCCCUGACAAGAGGCUCUUUUUCAACAUGUUGAAGCUGCGGCGCACGGGAGUGCCAAAGAUGCCAUGGGAUACAGGUGUUGCUGCAGAGGUGUUCAAGAAGGGGCCCAUUAGUUUACCCAUGCCUUGGUUGUCCUUGCCUACGGUGGGAAAACGAGAGAGCUUGCAAGGGCUGGUACCCUCAGCUGAGCCGCCAGAGAGAACAGCGUCCAGGACGCCUUUUCACAAGAGGAGGCUGCUGACAGUGAGGCUUGCUCAAACGGAUGACCAGUUGCGCGCAAAGGCUAUGCGACGGCUCAGGGUUGCAAUUUGCUUGGGGGUCAUGGCUUCGGUAGAUUAUGGAGCAUUGACACCGGUCGAGGGCUCUGUCGGAGAUCUGUUUGGUGACAAGGAUGUUGAUGGUGGUUCAGAAGUUCUUUCUGCAUCGUUUGCUCUUACUGACCUUUUGGUCGAUGGUAAGAAGUCUACAACAGAAUGCACAGAUGUUGCAAAGGUUGAUUUUCAACAUGUGGUUGGAGCUGCCUGGGAUUCUUCGUCAUCAGAACAUGUUGAGCCUAUUUGGAACACUGGUUUCUUGAAGUGCUUUUUUAGGGAUGACAGUUUGGGUGAUACUGUGGCGCCACAAUUCAAGCGGCCCAUGCCCACGAGUGACUUUUCUGGUGGUGAGCCUGGAGAUACAGACGAACGUCAGAAGAUUGACGUGCCACAGGUAUUAUCUGGACCAUACUUUCAAACUCGAGUCAAAGGCAAAGCUACAAGCACGCUCGACAAACGUUCAAACAGCAUGAAACUCAUGUGCAACAUGUUGAGUAAGGUGGUUUGGAUUUCCCUUGCAGUGAGACCUUGCUUCGUGGAGUCCUUCGUGAACUGCGUCGACAAGGUGUACCACCUUCGAGGUUCAGAAGUGGAAAAACUUCGCCACAUACGGGAGCAUGAUACGGACGAGUGGGACAAGUUGUUUUGCGGCACAGUCUUGUUCAUGGUGUAUGCUAGAGUGCGUAGGAGCGAUGUACAACAUGCCACUCAGAUGCUUUUUGAUCGUGCUGAAGGUGACAUACACUGUGUGGCAGUGUCGACAGGGCAUCACAAGAUCAUGAGGGCUCUGCAACACAGGCACCUGUUUCUGCCUCUCAUUGCUCCUGCUACGGGUGUCACAGCACAGAAAUGGGCAACGUUGUGGGAAUCAGUUAGGGAUGAAAUGGGCAUCAACAUGGAUCGUGGACGUGUUCCGCUAACAGCGAUGAUGGACGCUGGAGAAACAGGGAAAAGGGCCUUGGACUCUCAAGAAGCUGGCAAGUGGCUCAGGGCCCUUCUUGACUUGAAACUGGAUGCCAUUGACAUUCGAAAGCCCUUACAGAUUUUGAGUUACAUGAUGACUGAAAUGCGCGAAGGUAUUUUUAAACUGGAUUGCACUAGGGAUGACACGGUCAAGGUGGAAAGCGACGACGGUGAACAGGACCUCAAUGCCUGGGACUUAAUUCCAAUUUCACAACGGUGCAGUCUUCCACCUGUGCUUUCCAUACCAGCCAAGGCGUCAACCCUAGGGACGCCGCAAAGUCCGCCGAAUGAUGAAGCCUUCCGUACCUUUGCAGACACAGUCCUGCCGGCAGGGUACAAUAUGGCAGUUUACAGUGCCUUCAGGCGCUUACACUUCGAAGCAGCCACCUUAGUCGUGGCGCAGCUGAAACAAAAGGUUGCUGGAGAUGGUGAUGAAGGGAAGCAGAAGCUUCCAACUGUGGAGAAGCAGUCACGACUGGCUGAACAGAAGCGCAGGUUGACUGGCAUUGACAUUGAGGGAGAGCUGCAGCCCUCUUAUGCCCUGGUCGAUGCAGUCAAUGGAAUGAUUGAAACAAGCAGUGUCUUGUGGAUAGCUCCUAGCAAAUCGACCUCUCGUGACCAGGAGAUACAACAUGGAGCAAAAAACCUUCCAUCAGUUGUCCAACUAGAACAACACACGCUCAAACUGUCAUCGCCUGCUGCUAGCUUCGAGGCGGACUGUUCCUCGACGGUGCAACUCCAAUGGUGUUUGCAGAGGCGUGCAUUAGCACUUGAUCAAGUGCGACUUAGCAGUUGGGAGUGUCAAAGCAAAUGGAUUAACCAGCUGCUGACCAUACUCAAUACUCCUCCUCCCCCUGGACAUGCACGCAUCACCCUUGAACAGCUCAUCAAGGCUGACAAGCAGUUGUGGACUGAGCUUGCUAGGAAAUUUACAGGUGCAAUUGUGGCAGCUACAGGCGCAAAUGAGCCUCCCUUUGACGAGCACAUUUUGCAGUUGAGGAACGACCCCAGGGUUACAAUGUACCUGUUGCCACUGCCUUCCUUUGCCAAAGAAUCAAAGGGAACAGCGACUUCGAGUGGAGGAACUGGCAACACGUCAGUCAAGGCAGCCGCCAAGCCACAACCGAAGAAGAAGUUCAAGGCAACCAAAAAGGCCGAAAGGAGCAAACCUGAAGUUUUGGCAGGUAUGGAGACGGUGACCAAAGACGGCCAGAAUGUUUGUUGGUCAUUUAACAUGGAGAGCGGGUGCCAAGCGACCUUGAUAAGUGAGAAGCCUUGUGAUGAAAUGCGGAGGAAGGGACUUGGUGAGGAGCCAAGUGUGGCGGUCCACGAAGGCCAAAAACACUGUGGCUGGAAGCUAGGCAAAAAGCAGAUGGUGGAGAAAAAACUGGAACAGCUGGUGGUAACAGCUACUUGGGAAGAGACUGAAAAAGAAAUUACUGAAGGCGAAUACGUGUUGAGUGAGCUCACGACUUUGUUGCAGGACAUGUUACGAGACAGUGUGCGCAGGGACUUGUAUUUGAGGAAAAGGAUUCUGAGACAGGCUCCUCCUUUCCCGGCCGACGUUGUCCGAGCCCUGGAAGAGUAUGCACUGCAUGCGGAGAACAGGGUGGAUUCAAUGUUUACAAAUUUCAUCCUCUUUUGCAUUUUCUCAAGCUGCCGCAUUGGGGACGCUGCCAAGAUCAGGGAGGUAGAAUUUUCCAGAUACCACGACAUCUUUCUGGUGGAAGCUGCGACCUCAGAAGCAAAGAACACAAACACCAUGGAGAGACGCAGGAUGCUGCUGCCUUUUACAGCCAUUGGCUGGGGCCUUCAUCUCAAUCCAUGGUGCAUCAAGUGGGAAAUGCAGUUGAAAGCAAUGCAACCCGAGACAAUCAUGCCUGCUUUCUCGGAAGUUUCAGGGCAGUUUUUGAAACGACGUAUCACUACAGCUGAAGCCAACUUGUGGCUGCGAGAGGUGCUUGUGCGUUCCGGCCUUACUCCAGUACAGGCUGCGAAGUACAGCACACAUAGCUGCAAGGCGACCAUUCCUACCUGGGCUGGAAAGUUUGGGGGCUUCUCCAUGGAUGAGCGUCGCAUGUUAACGCAUCAUAUGGAUGCCAAUGCUUUGAUGCCACUGUCAUACUCAAGAGACAAUUUGACAGCCUUGCAUUCAAGAGUUUUCAGGAUGUUGACAGCCAUUCGCAAUUUUGAAUUCAAUCCAGAUGAUUCCAAUGCUGCUCGAAUUUUUCAGGAGAACCGUGACCUUCUGCCGGAGCCGGAAGAGCCCCCACAGCCACCGGGUGAUUGGGCAGCAUCCGAGUCCGAUGUCUCAGAAGAGGAGAGUUUUGUGGAAGGCUGCAACUUUGUUGGGAACCAGUCAACACCAGCUAACACAGUGGCUGGACCAAAACUUGUGCAUCGAGACUCCUUGGUUGUUCAUGUCAAACGAGACAACCAGACCCUGUGGUGCGGUCGUAAGCUGUCACGAAACUAUCGGCAGUGGCAAGAGGGUGAUCCAGACCUGGCCCAGUUGCUGGUGUGCCAACAAUGCGACAAGGCACAGCCGUGA